GUUCUAAUAAGGUACAUUUGUCCAUUCAAGAUCCACAUCUAGCUCCAAUAUCACUUAAUUUCAUAAUACUUCUAGCUAGCAAUACUUAGUUGUCAUUGUGACAUGGAGAAAAAAAGAAUUGAUGCAAAAACAGGGGAGAUUGAUGAUGAGAUGAAAUAUGUUCAUGAUUCUUCAUUGGAUUAUAAAGGAAGAAUUCCUCUUCGAUCUUCAACUGGUUCUUGGAAAGCUGCUUUCUUCAUUAUUGCAAUUGAGUUUAGUGAGAGGUUAAGCUACUUUGGAAUAGCAACAAGCUUGGUCAUUUAUCUCACAAAAGUGAUGCAUCAAGACCUUAAAACAGCUGUUAAAAAUGUGAAUUAUUGGUCUGGAGUCACCACUUUAAUGCCACUCUUUGGAGGCUUUCUAGCUGAUUCAUACUUGGGCCGUUACACCACUGUCAUUGCAUCAUGCAUUAUCUAUCUCAUGGGUUUGAUCUUACUUUCUCUGUCAUGGUUCUUACCAAGCUUAAAGCCAUGUGAUCAUACAAAUAUGUGCAUUGAACCAAGAAGGAUUCAUGAGGUGUUCUUCUUCCUAGCCAUAUAUUUAAUAUCCAUAGGAACUGGAGGACACAAACCUUCUUUGGAGAGUUUUGGAGCUGAUCAAUUUGAUGAUGAUCAUGUUGAAGAAAGAAAGCAAAAAAUGUCCUACUUCAAUUGGUGGAAUUGUGGUCUUUGUAGUGGCCUCAUUCUUGGAGUGACAUUGAUUGUUUAUGUACAAGAUCAUGUAAAUUGGGGAGUUGCUGAUCUCAUUCUCAUAUGUGUCAUGAGUAUCUCUUUGCUUAUCUUUGUGAUGGGAAGUAAGUUUUAUAGAUAUAGGAUACCAAAUGGGUCCCCCUUGACUCCAAUGUUGCAAGUUCUUGUUGCUGCUAUUUCCAAAAGAAAGCUUCCUUAUCCUACCAAUCCAACUCAUUUGUAUGAAGUUUCUAAGUCUGAGGGCAACAAUGGAAGAUUCCUAGUUCACACCAAGAAUCUCAAAUUUUUUGACAAGGCAGCAAUUGUUGAAAAUGAAGGAAAUAUAGCAAAGGAACAAAGUCCUUGGAGACUUGCAACAGUGACUAGAGUUGAAGAAAUGAAGCUUAUGAUCAAUAUGAUCCCCAUUUGGGUAUUUACUUUACCAUUUGGAGUUUGUGCUGCACAAACAUCCACUUUCUUUAUCAAACAAGGUGUUAUAAUGAACAGAAAAAUAGGAAAUGGUUUUGAGAUUCCACCAGCUUCAAUCUACACUCUUGCUGCUAUUGGUAUGAUAAUUUCAGUGGCAAUUUAUGACAAAAUCCUUGUACCAAUUUUAAGAAAGAUGACUGGAAAUGAAAGAGGGAUGAGCAUCCUUCAAAGGAUUGGUUUUGGAAUGCUUUUCUCAGUUUUUACAAUGAUAGUAGCAGCUUUGGUUGAGAAAAAAAGGCUUCAAGUUGUUGGGAUGAAUCCAACAAAAGGGUCACUUUCAAUGAGUGUUUUUUGGUUGGCUCCACAAUUUCUAAUUAUUGGUUUUGGUGAUGGAUUCACUCUUGUUGGUUUGCAAGAAUAUUUUUAUGACCAAGUUCCUGACUCAAUGAGAAGCUUGGGAAUAGGACUUUACCUUAGUGUGAUUGGAGCUUCAAGUUUUCUAAGUAGUUUGUUGAUAACAAUUGUUGAUAAUGUGACUAGUAAGAAUGGGAAAAGUUGGUUUGGUAAGGAUUUGAAUAGCAGUAGUUUAGAUAAAUUCUACUGGCUAUUAGCAGCUAUAACCACAUUGAACAUGUUCAUGUUUGUGUUCUUUGCUCAAAGGUAUUCUUAUAAAAAUGAGCAAAAGGUUGCAGUGGCUGAUUGUUUUGAUGGAAAAAGUAAUGACGGAGGAGUUGAGAGAAUAGUUUGAAUUAUUCUUAAUUCAGUACUAGUUAAUUUGAAUAAUUUGUAAAUUUUGUUAUAAAUCGUGUGUUAGUAAUUACUUUGCUUUGAAUUUAGAAGAAUAUUGUCGAUUGCUUAUGGUUCAAUCCAAGAGGUUUUGUAAUUAUAUA